GACACCUGACAGCAUGGUUUUUGGGUGAUAUCGGGGAAUGUUUGAAUUGUCGAGGUUAAGAAUCUAUGAGGUUAGGAUUUAUCAGGAAAUUCUAUCAAUUUUAUAUUUGCAUUAUUACAUAAUGUUGUGUUGUAAUAAAUAAAAUUAUACAUAAUAACGUACGAUUUAUUGAUAGUACGAUUUUUAUUUGAAGUAAAGCCUCAUCGUUAAGUUAAAUUAUUAAUAUGAUUGUCUAUUAUGACGCCAAGAAGAUUAUUUACCCAAGUCUUAAUCACAUACAGAAAUGCUGUAGACAAGGCUUUUAGUCGCAAGUAUCUGUUGUACACCAAUAUCUUGAUAUCAAUGGGUAUAUCAACCUGUGGAGAUUUGCUAGCACAGUCUUAUGAAGUCCAUGAAAGAUCUAUUGAGUGGUAUGACUUUAGUCGCACUGCUCAAAUGGCAUUUUCUGGCAGCACAGCAGGUGUUAUAUGUCAUCAUUGGUACAUUGUAUUAGAUAAAGUUAUUAUUGGCAGAACAUUACAUAUGGCUAUAAAGAAAUUGCUUAUGGAUCAGUUAAUAUGUUCUCCUAUAGUUAUUUUGUCAUUCUUUGCCACAGUAGCCAUAUUUGAAGAUGAUCCGUUUGCAAAUUUCACUGAAGAAGUUCAUGAUAAAUUUUGGAUAUUAUAUAAAGCUGAAUGGGUAGUGUGGCCACCUGCGCAAUUAUUUAACUUUUACUUUCUGCCAACCAGGUUUAGAGUAGCUUAUGAUAACACAAUAUCUUUGGGAUAUGAUAUGUUUACUUCUCAUGUUAAGCAUUCAAAAAGACAUGAAAAGGAAAAAACUCAGAAAAAAGAAAACUUACCCACCAAAGAGCCAUGUAAAAACAAAAUGCAAGUCUGAAAUAAGAGUUUUUACUUUUUUAUACACGUUUUGUAAGAGCUUUUAUGAUUUUAUAUACCUAAUUUAUUAAUAAUAAAUUGAUAUGCUAUAAAACAGUUUUAUUUUUUUAACUUACUAAAAGUUCAACUAGUUAAUGAAAUCAAUGCAAUGAUAACUCUGUGGACUAUAUAGAUAGGACUGCUUGCUACUACUUUACACCAUAGUGAACAUUAGAUUGAAAUGUUCACUUUCUAAUAUGAAAACAACUUGCAACAGACUGUUAUCCCAGAAAUUAUUGUUCAACUUUGUGUAAGUAGUGUAGGCUAUUUAGGAACCAGUAUCAGUGAGCUAUGUCUUUUGAAUGCCAAGAAAAGGGUAUAUUGUUUGAAUGGCUAGAAGAAAGUUGGGAAAGUUGGGUUGGAUCUGUAAAAGUGGCACCAGCUGGCGGUUACUGAUGGAACUAACUUGAGUCGCCAUUCUACAAAGUAAUUUUUGGUGUUACCAGUUCAAAUAUGUAGUCCGCGCCACAAUUCAUCUACCAUAGACGCAAUGCUAGUGCCUAUGCCGUGCCUAGUUAUUACAAGCAAAAAUAGUUCGUAAUUUUUCGGCCGGACUUGAGUCAUCUGUCGUAGCGUGAACUCUGCCUUUGUGUAGGUAUAGUAAUUAUAAUACCAGCAAUAUAGACCGGCAUGAAUGUAGCUGAUUAGGCAACUAAUGUUGGUCAACUUUGCCGAAUUUUAAAGAAAAAGAGGGGUUAUUUAAGGACGGGACGGAAAACAAAAUUUUGGAAAUAUCGUUUCAUACAAAAUGUAUAGGAAAGCGCAUGUGUUGCGGAGGUAUUAUCUAUUCACGUAUGCAGUGGCCCGCAGAAGCAAACAAAAUUAUUCUUGAAUUCAUAAAUUAAUAAAACCUUUUUAUAACGGGUGGUUGUAUUACCGACCUCUGUAGAGGUAAAAUAGCUGUCAAAAUAACUGGCCACCUGUAAAUCAGUAGGAUUAUCUGCAGACCAUAAUAUCUGAAAGCCUCGAUGCUCGCGGUCUAUUGCCUGCGCUGACACCACGUCAUGUUAGCAAAUAAGUAAUAGUUUGCUCAAAAAUCAUAACAAUGUUUUUAU